AUGUUUUUAACGGUGUUUAUGAAGUUCCUACAAAAUCAUGUUUUAAUUUCUUUAUUAUUUUUAAUCUUAGUUUUCACGUGUAUUUAUUUUUGGAAUUAUAUUCGUGUGUGUUAUUAUGUAUCUAAACUUCCUGGACCACCAGCUUAUCCAAUUAUUGGAAAUGCAAAAUUAUUUUUGGGUUCUCAUCAAGAAAUUACACAUAAAUUCAUUAAUAUUGCUGGAGAGUAUCAGCAGACUAUGUUCCGAGUAUGGUUUGGUCCUUUUCCAAUAAUCGGAAUAUCAAAUCCAGAUAUUGUUCAAGAACUUCUAACAAAUGAACAUGUGUUAGAAAAAGCUUACUUAUUUAAAUUAGCUUGGAAUCCUGUUAUGGGAAAAUCAAUUUUAACAUCAGAGGUUCCAGAAUGGAAACAUCAUCGAAGUAUUAUAAUUAGAGGUUUUACUCCAAUCAUUUUAAAAUCAUACUUUAAAAAUGUUAUAAAUAAUAAUGAGUUAAUUAACGUUAAAGCGAUCAAUAGUAAUGUAUACAAAAAACCAUUUUUAGAUUAUUUAAUGGAUUUUACAAAAAAUAACUCGAAUUUUACGGAAGAACAAUUACGUAAUGAAACCAAUCUUAUGAUUUUUGCGGGUUAUGAAACAACAGCAAUUUCUCUCAGCUAUGUUUUAUUACAUUUGGCUGUAUAUAAAGACAUACAAACAAAACUAUAUAAUGAAAUAUUGGAAGUUGUUGGUGACAUAAAUGUAGACUCAAUCAAUGUCGACGAUUUACCAAGGCUCAAAUAUAUGGAUAUGGUUCUUAAGGAGUCAAUGAGAAUAAUUUCAACGAUUCCAGUAAUUUCAAGAGAAGCAUCUAAAGAUAUUAAAAUUGGCAAUUAUACCAUUCCAAAAGGAACAAAUAUAUUAAUUCCAAUCUUUACUAUCCAUCGAAAUCCUGAGUAUUGGGAAAAUCCAUUAAAAUUUGAUCCUGAACGAUUCACAGCAGAAAAUAUAAAAAACCGCCACCCCUACGUGUACAUUCCAUUCGGUGCUGGUCCUAGAAAUUGUAUUGGUGGUCGAUAUGCAUGGAUCUUUAUGAAAACAACGUUGGUUGCAUUAUUAAGCCGAUAUGAAUUUCACACCGAUAUAAAUUUGGACACAUUGCAAUUUGAAGCAGCAAUUUCAAUGAAGUUAAUUAAUGGAUACCCAGUACGAAUCACUCCACGAUAUAAACCAUAA